AUGGCCAAGAAAUAUGCCUGGCAGGCAGCACGUACAGGACAGUCACCAAUCUUCUUCUACCUUUCCCACAGUCCAGGGCCAAGGCUUGUGUUCAAUCGAGUGAAUGGCCGGAGGCCCCCUACCACAUCCCCAUCCAUCGAGGUGACCCAGGAGACCUACACGCUGGCCCACGAGGAGAAUGUCCGCUUUGUGUCCGAAGCCUGGCAGCAAGUGGAGCAACAGCUGGGUGGUGGCCCAGCCGGUGAGAGCAGUCCGAGGCCUGUGCAGUAUGUGGAGAGGACCCCCAACCCCAGACUGCAGAACUUCGUGCCCAUUGACCUGGAUGAGUGGUGGGCACAGCAGUUCCUGGCCAGAAUCACUAACUGCUCCUAGCCGCUGCUUUGGAAGGAACACUGCCUGUGCAGGCCUGGCUGUGCCCCCGUGGCAGACCCUCUGCUAGGAGAGGACCAUGGCACCCUGGGCCAGGCUGGACAGCGGCCACACCUGAAGUGCCAGCAUUUGGACUUUUGUACCUUCUGACCCCUUGGCCCAGCUGUGCCAGGGGCAAGGGACUGAACCUGUCUGACCUCAAUCUUGCUCACUGUGCCUGGGGACCAGCCCCUGGGACUGGCAUGGCAGAGUUCCAGGCUAAUAAAGUCAAGAAGCUGCC